AUGCAAAACCUACUGCUCAAGAAGGCCAAAGAGUCGUCGUCGUCGUCGUCUUCAUCGUCGUCGUCUUCAUCGUCGCGAGACUCGGCAACGUCGGCAUCGUCCAUCGUGGCAAAGCUCCAGUUCGCAAUGAAGGACCUGCCAUACACGCAUCUCAGCCAGGACGCAACCAACCGAGUGCUCGAGCGAAUCUCAACGCGGUGGUCGGGUCCGAAUCCGAGCGUCCCGCGCAGGUUUACACACCCCGAGCUCAAGUCACCCGUCCGACUCGAGACAAUGCUGCAACUGCUGCGGGACUCUGCUCGGAGAGAGAAUGCCGGCAACACCAAAAAGUCACAUUCGUAUGAUCCAACGUACGCGUUUGCACUCGAGGACGGCCUGGCACGACUGGCAGCAACCACCGUCCCAUUUGAGGAGCAAAACAUUCUGAGCCAAGUCGUGCGCUCGAGCCAUCCGCUUGCAGCGCUUCUCGGCCUGCUCAAGAUGACAGCGUUGGGCCAGCCCAAUUCGCACCAGUAUCUGGCCAACUUUUUUUGCUUUAUGCCUGGGGAGUUGAUUGCCAGCACGUUCCGCGUCCUCACGCUGCUCGAGUACGACAACAUUCAGCUCGAAAGCCUUCAACUCGCAAACGACCUUCUUCAACUGAAGCAGCCCUUGAUCAACUUUGCCAUGUUGGAAAUUCCAGUCGCAGCAGUGCUCGUGUACUUGCUAUUUGACCUGCACUGCUGGCCGGCUAAUUCGCGGCAUCUUGACCGCUACAAGUGGCAGAGUGACGUCUUGAAGACCAGUCCUGCAACGACACAACAACAAGAGGAACAACAACCGGAACAGGAACAACAACAACAACAACAACAACAACAUCGACCCAUAACUGGUCGCGAUCGAAACGCCGAGAUGCUCAAGGAGGCCCUCGGAGGCUACGCUGUGCAAAAACAGCACAAGCAUACAGCCAUUCCUUUCUGCAUCCCGUCCGAGUCCGCAUGUGCUGUCGCCACCGACACGUUUACCGAGCAGGCAAUGUCCUGCAUCGCGAACAAAAACCUCAUUGGAGCGGAGCUGUACUUUACGCUUGCCACACAAAUCACCGACAACAAGAAGACGCGACAGGCACGGUACCAAGCUCGCCAUCAACUGUGCGCCUUCCAUGGCGCGGCAAGAGACCUCUCUGCCAUCUUUGGCAUGCAGUGUGGCGAUGAGCAACGCAACGAGUUUGAAAUUGACCAUACGGUGCGGUUUAUCCAGGUCGAAAUGGUGUACGAACGCACCAUUUUGGCCGCCUACCUUGCCGGCCGCCACUUGGACAACCGUUCCCUCACGCCAUUAGACCAGAGACCCGUCGACCAGUUUUCCGAUCUCGCUGGAUGGUUGCCGCUGUUCCUGUCUCUGCUCUGCCUCGACGACGAUGGCGACGCGGCCAACAACACGGCUGGCGUGGCGCUGAACAAGUACCAGGACUGCCCGCUCCUCUUGACCUGCGCUGUCAUUGCCGCCAUGUCGUCGGCCGAGUUUGCCGUCAAUGUCCAGAUGCAAAAUCAAAUGCUUGACAUGGUUGAGCUUUACAUUGACAACCCUCACUACCAUGCCAUCCCGAGGGUGUAUGCACAGUACUUGCUGGCCGACUCGCUCGAUGCGUUCGCGGGCGUGCGCAAAACGAUGGCAGAGUACUCCGAGACCAAUCUUCCACUCCCACUCUCCGACCUGUUUGAGGUGAUGGUUGUGGCGAUGGACCGGCUGACGCUUUAUCGCAAAAGGGGAGACCAUUGCUUCCGUGACAGGCAGGUUGACGCGGCGUUCGCUGCGUACACGAACGGCCUUCGCGUCGAUCCACGAGCGCCGUUCAGGUUUCGCGCGUCGCUGUACAACAGUCGAGCUGGCUGCUGCGAGCAGCUCGAAAAUUACGAUCUCGGCAUGAUGGAUGUCGACCGAGCCAUCGCCUUGUGGCCAACUCCGAAGGCCUUCCACCGCAAGGCUGACUUGUUUAUUGCGCAGAAAAAGUUUGCGCUUGCUCGCGAUGCGUAUCACGAGAUUGCCAACAUCCAGCCGGGCGGGCAGGAUCCGAUAACGGCCAAGUUCCUGGCCAAGCUUGAGCGCGUCGUGCACGCGGGUCUGGAGUCAAAGACUGAUUUCUAUCAAACCCUGGGCGUCGCCCAAACUGCCUCUGAAGCCGAAAUCAAGAAGGCCUUUCACGCACUCGCCCGAAAGCACCAUCCGGACAAACAACCGCAGCAGGCGACUCCCUCCAAAGGUACCAAGCCCGGCAGCCUUGUCAAAACGUCCUUCCAGAUGUUGAGCGAGCAUACCUUCCAGCGAGCCGUCGAAGCUCAUUCUGUGCUCUGCGACCCAGAGCUGAGGAGUUGGUACGACCAAGUUCUAACCAAGUUUGGCUUUGAGCCAAAGGACUGGCGAAAGUACAUUGGUCAGGCCGACCUACUCCAAGCCGGCCCGGACGGGUUUGUUGAUUUGAGUAACUUCAAGUGCGACAAUCCAAAGUGCUCGCACUGCAAAUAGGAUGGGAUGGAUGAUUUGUGUGUCUGGUUGUGAUGGUUGAAUGACUACUGUAGAUGUCACGACUGAAAUUUUACAUUGUAUUCUCGAG